AUGACUCGCGAUGGACAAUGUUUGUUACUAGUCUUUGAGCAUAUGAAUUUAGGUGAUCUACGUUCUUAUCUUCGAGCACGAGCUCCUACGUCGUCCAGCUAUUCCCAGUUUCCUCCAGCUCUGAUCGAAGACGAGUUGCGGUCUAUAGUCCGACAGAUAGUUGCGGGUCUAUGUUAUCUCACCUCUCAACAAAUUGUACAUCGCGAUCUAGCGGCUAGAAAUUGCCUCGUCAGUGGAGAAAGCGAUCUUCGAUGCUGUUUACCGUCUCAGCGACCUCCGAUUACAGUAAAAAUAUCGGACUUUGGAAUGUCUCGACGGUUAUACGGUCACGCUGAUUACUACAGAAUGCACAAUCAUGCUCUGUUACCAGUUCGUUGGCUUCCUCCAGAAGCAAUCAAUGACUGUAAAUUCAGUGUCAGCAGUGAUGUGUGGGCACUUGGAGUCACAAUGUGGGAGGUGUUCAGCUACGGAGAAGUUCCAUUUGCAGAACUAAACAAUUUCGAAAUGGUGUCCUGUGCUAUGGCAGGUAUGUACUAA